CAUGCAUUGGCAAUGGAAAAAUUGCCCACGAGCAUGGAAAGGGUUGUAUCAAGGUAGGUCCAAAUCUGCAACGGUAAUUCUAGAAGCCGUGGCCUCCGGAGACUUGUGGAUAUGGCAUGCAUUUUUCGGAACACCGGGAACUUGCAAUGAUAUCAAUGUAUUGGCACGCUCUCCGGUGUUUGAUGAUCUUUAUCAAGGAAGAGCUCCUGAGGUCACAUUUAAUGUGAAUGGUAAUACCUAUAAUAGGGGAUAUUACCUAACAGAUGGGAUCUACCCUAAAUGGGCAGUGUUCAUGCCAGCAAUUCGACUCCCACUAUCUCCCGUCGAUGAGUUGUUCACCAAACGUCAAGAAUCAGUUCGGAAAGACGUCGAACGUGCGUUUGGGGUUUUACAAGCACGCUUUGCAAUAAUACAAAGGCCAUCACUCAUUUGGGAUGAACACUUAAUGUGGGAAAUAAUGCUGGCGUGUAUCAUUCUUCACAAUAUGAUUGUCGAGGAUGAACGGGAUACAUAUCUAAAUUAUCAAGACGCAUCAACUUCGAGCAAGAAAAUGCCUCGAUUGCUAGUACUUCGUCUAGCCAUAGGCUUGAAACAUUCUCUGUUCAACCUGGUCGCUACAAUGAUAUAG